UCUGGGUGAGCAGAUCACUGAUCAGUUCAAACUCAGUCAUGCUGAAGUGUCAGAGCAGUUGUCCUCUAGCAGACCCUCAGUCCUACAUCUGGUACUCCAAUGAACACAUCAUUGUUGGACAAACAUAUCAGUUUUAUUUAGGUCGCUUUCCCUCCACAAACAGAAUUUCCUGUGCUGUAAAAGGACAUGAGGACUCUCCUUCUCCUUCAGUGUUGGUAAAGGAUAGCUGGGAUGUGACUUAUUCUUCUACUCAGAUCUGUGCCUUCAAAGGAUCAACAGUGAAAAUGUACUGCAGCUACACAUACCCUCUUGGAAGAAGUGUAAAUGAAACAUUCUGGUUCAGUAACAGGAAGGAUGAUGAAUAUGUGAGACUGAAAGAUGAUCCACAGUAUGCAGGUCGUGUUGAAUACGAUCAGAAGAGAUGCAGUCUGACAAUCAGAAAUCUGACAGAAAGUGACUCAGCUGAGUACAAGUUCAGAUUCAUAACAGACCCACAAGAACAAUAUAUGGGUUCACCUGGAGUCACUCUGUCUGUCAAAGAUCCACAGCUCCAGGUCCAUGUGAGCAGAUCAGUCAACCAGUUUUCUACCUGGACAGAGCUGACAUGUCAAAGCAGUUGUCAGCGGUCUGAUAAUUCUUCCUUUAACUGGUACAAUAACAGCCUCAAAGUUCAAGAAGGAAAAAGAUACCUAUACCUGCAGACAUUUGGUCCUUCAGACAGCUAUUACUGUGCAGUACAAGGACAGGAGCGUUUCCGUUCUCAUGCAGUGUAUGCUCCAAAGCUUCCCUCUGUGUCGGUGAGUCCCUCUGCUGAGAUAGUGGAGGGAAGUUCAGUGAAUCUGACCUGCAGCAGUGAUGCUAACCCAGCAGCUAAUUACAGCUGGUACAAGGAGAACCAAGACUCACCAAAAGCUUCAGGACAGAUCUUCACCAUCACUGACUUCAGAGCUGAACACAGUGGAAAGUAUUCCUGUGAAGCUCAGAACAUCUUUGGACGUCAGACAGUCUCUGUACAUGUGACUGUUUGGGCAGAUAAGUCAACAAAUAUAAUGAAUAUCAUCAAGCUGACCCUGGUGGUCCUGAUGCUGAUUCCGCUGUUUGUCUUGAGUCUGUGGACGAGGAAGAAGACAACUGUGAAUGUAAAACCUGAACAGAAUGAAGCUGUAGAAAUGAUGGAGUUGGACUCUCAUGACUAUGAGAAUGAUCCAGCUUUGAAGGACGUCACUGCAGCACAGACAGACGACACAGAGGAGCAGGAAGACCUGGAGUGAAGUCCAGUCAGACCGGCAACCUGUCCAGGGUGUCCUCUGCCUUCAUCCUACGUCAGCUGGGAUAGACUUCAGCCCCUCCGUGACCCUACUGAGGAUUAAGUGGCGUAUAGAUCACGGAUGGAUGGAUAUUCUCACCACAUGUGCUGUAAAUGAGCUGACAUGUACAGUUCAAUAAUUAAUCUGUGCUGUUAAGUGUGGGAAGACAGUGUUCAGUGUCCUGUUGUUGGCUCAUGAUGAGAAUAAGAACGCCAUGCAGAAAAUGAUUCCCUGUGGCAUUUUAUUUGUUGGAUUGUUUUGGGUUUGCUUCUUUCUGUGGAUACAAAAGGGCUUUGAUUUAGUUGUGACGUAUAGAAAAUGUUUAUUAAUGACAUAACUGUUAAUAUUUGACAAGGAAAGCUCCUGAAAACAGAUAAUUCCUCCAUGUACAAAGCUUCAUGUAUCACACGUUAAAUGCAGCUUCCUCCAACAACUCUGUAGAUGCAGCAUUAUUUCAAUUUAUUCUAAAUGCUGAAGAAGGAAACACUGCAGAA